UUAUCCAGUUUGGAUUUGUCACACUCUUUGUUGCCUCGUUCCCCCUGGCUCCUCUCUUUGCACUUCUGAACAACAUCAUAGAAGUCCGGCUUGAUGCAAAAAAGUUUGUUACUGAACUGAGGAGGCCAGACACAGUAAGAGAAAAAGAUAUAGGAAUUUGGUAUAACAUUUUGAGUGGUAUUGGAAAGCUUUCAGUUAUCAUUAAUGCUUUUGUAAUUGCUGUCACAUCUGAUUUCAUUCCACGCCUUAUGUAUCAAUAUGCAUACAGUCAAAAUGGAACCAUGCAUGGCUUCAUCAAUCACACCCUCUCAUACUUCAAUAUCAGUCAUCUCAAGGCUGGAACACAGCCAGAAAACUCCCUGUUUGCACAGGACGUUUUGUUCUGCAGGUUCAAAGACUACAGAGAACCACCUUGGUCCCAAAAUCAGUAUGAGUUUUCUAAACAGUACUGGGCGGUCUUAUCUGCUCGCUUGGCUUUUGUCAUUCUAUUUCAGAACUUGGUGAUGUUCCUCAGUGUUCUGGUUGACUGGAUGAUUCCUGACAUCCCCAAGGACAUCAGUGAACAGAUCAAAAAGGAGAAGAGCCUGCUUGUUGACUUCUUCCUGAAGGAAGAGCAUGAAAAACUGAAGCUGAUUGAAAGCUUUAUCUCACGAGACAAGCAGAAGCACAAAAGUGGAGCUAAGAGCAAAAGGAUCAGGGCUGCCAGCUUCAGUCAGUUUAACCGAAGUCAGAAAGGCAGCUUUGCCUCCUUUAGCUCACAGCACACCGAAGUGUGA